GACUUUUAACUGUAAAAAAUUCAUUUCUACACCAAAACGUACAAUCUCGCUCUGUUCAACACAGUCAGAUUAGGGGAUGAAGAGAGACAGAUUUCAGUAAAUCUCUUCCUCCCCAAGAUCAAAAUCCUCAUUAUUUCAUCUUCAUCAAAGUGCUUCGCCGAGGUUUUGAGAUGGAGAGGGAUGAUUUCAGCCGUUCAGGACCUAUACACCUAACUAUGGUUGAUUGGGGAAAUGUACACCACCGAAGAUCAAUAGCCGCUUGCUUAGUUCAGGGUGUAUAUGUUUUAGAGCAUGACCGACAAGAAAAACGGCAAGCUCUUGCACCACCGUGGUGGGAAUUCUUCGAUUUUCAAGUACUGUGCACUCUUGUGGAUGAUGUUGACUCUUCUAUCUUUGGUGCUAUAUAUGAAUUCAAACCAGAGGCUAACAACUACCAUUCGGCGGAAAUUCCACGAUAUGUGAUUGCAUUUAGGGGAACUAUGGCUGAACGAGAUUCUGUCUCGCAGGAUCUGAGGUUAGACCUGCACCUUAUCCAAAAUGGACUUCAUCAAACGUCUCGGUUUGAAAAUGCAAUGAAAUCUGUUAGAAACAUGGUGUCUGUAAGUGGAGCUAGUAAUGUCUGGUUGACAGGACAUUCUAUGGGUUCUUCCAUAGCAUUGCUGGCAGGAAAAAACAUGGCGAAAACCGGUCAUCUUAUUGAAUCGUAUCUGUUUAAUCCACCAUUCAUUUCCGCUCCGAUCGAAAGGAUUAAAGAUAAGAAAGUGAGGCAUGGGUUCCGUAUUGCUAGCAGCGUGAUUACAGCAGGACUCGCAUUUGCCAUGAAGGGUAACAACCAAGAGAGACAACCGUCAGAAGAUCCAUUCACAGUUCUAUCGAAUUGGAUUCCAAAUCUGUAUGUGAAUCCAGCUGAUCAUAUCUGUUGCGAGUAUAUUGGUUAUUUUGAGCAUCGAGAAAACAUGGAAAGCUUCGGAGCUGGAGGAAUCGCGAGGUUGGCGACGCAAAAUUCAUUGACGGGAUUAUUCAUGAAUGCAAUGGGAUGGGAAUAUCAAGAAGAACUGCAGUUAAUUCCCUCAGUUUGUCUGACUAUCAAUCGUAGUCCAUCACCGACUUUCAAACGAGCUCAUGGGAUUCAUCAAUGGUUUAGAGGUGAUCUGAGUUUGCAGUCUAAGGUAUACCAAUACAAAUUAUGAUUUUUGAAGCCAUAUAUUGUGAACCCAAAAUGUUCAUUUCUUUUAUUCAUUUAAUAAUCCAGUUAUCAAAUUCAUCAAACAAAA